AUGGCUUCGCCGCCUCAGAACCCGUCUCAGAAGGGUUCAGAGCCUCUGCACGGGAUCGGGAGGUGGUUAGAGGAGAAUCAGGUGGCAGUCGAGAGGUGGUUGAGAGACUAUGCCUCCCAAGACCUGAAAAACAGAGUCCAGAACGCAUUAAAACCACAACAGGCGAAGCCAGCAAAAAACUCGAAUAUCUCAUCUGAAAUUUUCCAUUUGUGGCUGGCAGCGUCUCCAUCCAGCAACAAUGACCAUCAACUACAAAAUGUCCGUCCUGGUCGCGAUUAUGGUUCUUUGGAGGAAUCUGAACUUUUCAUGGAACUCAUACGCGACGUAGCAAAUGAGCUCGAUAUCGAUGUGCUUUGCUACAAAAUCCUCAAAAACGUCAGCAUCCUGACUCACGCCGACCGAGGCUCCCUCUUCCUAGCAAGAAAAACAGCUGGAGAAAACUACCUGUUGGCCAAACUGUUCGACGUUAGACACGACACUUCCUUCGAGGAAGCCAUCAAACUGUCCAGAUCUGAGGACCUCAGAAUUCCAUUUGGUGUGGGCAUAGCUGGAAAAGUCGCUCAGACCAAGAAAUUGAUCAAUAUCAAAGAUGCAUACAAGGAUCCAAGAUUCAACAACGAGAUAGAUUUGAGGACAGGAUACAGGACGAAUCUGAUACUUUGUAUGCCAAUUUGUAACUACGAGGGGGAUGUGAUUGGUGUGGCGCAGAUUAUCAACAAAAUCAACAAUUCUGAAGAAUUCACAGCAAAGGAUGUCAGAUUGUUUCAACGAUAUCUCACCUUUUGUGGUAUUGGCAUACAGAAUGCUCAGUUGUUCGAAGUAUCCGUUUUGGAAUAUAAAAGAAAUCAGAUAUUACUGAAUUUGGCAAGGAGCAUAUUUGAAGAACAGAAUAAUUUGGAAUGUCUAGUCACGAAAAUAAUGAAAGAAGCCCAAGAUUUGCUGAAAUGCGAGAGUUGUGCUGUAUACCUUCUCGAUCUAGAUUGUUGUGAAGCGAACCAUUUGGAACGUAUCUUGGAGAGACCUAGCAGCAACCAGGCACAAAGACCUGGCCCUUUGAACAGGGCAGAAAGUGGAACAGUGACAGCUGAAGACAUGAGGGAGAAUGGUCUCAGAAAACCAACCCUUUUCACUACCAUUUUCGAAUUACGGGAGGGAGGGACGCAAACAUUAGUAUCCAGACCUUCGUCUUUUGAUCUAGCGAUCUCCACACUAGCUCAGAUAGCUGGCUAUGCUGCUUCCACGGGCCAAAUUCUGAACAUAGGAGACGUAAGAGCUUGGCUGAAAGAGAAACACAAUGAGGGAGAUGCCGAAAACGCCAGGACUAUUCUCUGUAUGCCAAUCCUCAAUGGAGAGCGGACUUUGAUCGGUGUGGCACAGUUGAUUAACAAAGAAAAGAACGCACCUUUCACGGAAUGUGAUGUUUCACUGUUUGAAGCCUUCGCCAUCUUCUGUGGCCUUGGAAUCCACAACACCCAGAUGUAUGAGAACGCUUGCAAGCUGAUGGCAAAGCAGAAAGUGGCCUUGGAAUGUCUAUCGUAUCACGCUACUGCAAGCAAUGAUGCAACUGAAAAACUCCUCAAAGAGCCAAUUCCCUCAGCAAACAUCUACAACUUGUAUAGCUUCACUUUCAUCGAUUUCGAACUGUCUGAUGACGAUACGUGCAAAGCAACUAUACGGAUGUUCUUGGAAUGCAAUUUGGUCCAGCAAUUCCACAUACCAUACGAAGUUCUCUGUAGAUGGGUACUUAGCGUCAAAAAGAACUACAGACCAGUCAAGUACCACAACUGGAGACACGCUCUCAACGUCGCCCAAACGAUGUUUGCAAUGUUCAAAACUGGAAAAAUGGAAAGGUCAGUGAGGAUCUUGAGGUACCGAGCCUUUCUGACUCGAUUCUCCUAUAGGUUCAUGAGCGAUUUGGAAAUCUUGGGCCUCAUCGUGGCUUGUUUGUGCCACGACCUGGACCACAGAGGUACCAACAAUGCCUUCCAGAUGAAAACCGACUCCCCAUUGGCUGUGCUCUACUCUACCAGUACCAUGGAACAUCACCAUUUCGACCAGUGCGUCAUGAUCCUCAAUACAGACAGCAAUAAUAUAUUCCAAGCAUUAUCUCCUGAUGACUAUAGGAGGGUGAUGCGUUUAGUCGAAACAGCGAUUUUAUCUACAGAUUUAGCGAUGUACUUCAAAAAGAAAAAUAGGUUCCUCGAACUGAUAGACAAUGGGGAAUUUGAUUGGCAGAGCGAUGAUAAAAAAGACCUACUAUCUGGUAUGAUGAUGACAGCUUGUGACGUCAGCGCUAUAGCGAAGCCAUGGGAUGUCCAGCACAGGGUAGCAAAACUAGUAGCAGAUGAAUUUUUCGAUCAGGGCGAUUUGGAAAAAAUGCAGUUGAAAGAACAACCUAUAGCCCAAAUGGACAGAGAACGAAAAGACGAGCUGCCGCAGAUGCAAGUGAGCUUCAUCGACGUCAUUUGCUUGCCUUUAUACAGGGUGAUGUCGGAGACGUUUCCGUGGAUGCAGCCUCUCUACGAAGGUACCAUGGAAAACCGACAACACUGGCAAGAUUUGGCGGAAAAAGUCGAAAUGGGACUUACCUGGAUAGACCACGAUACUAUUGAUAAGCCGGUAGAAGCUAUCACAGAUCCUGAAGAAACCAAAGAUAUUGAGCUGACGGUCCAAACAUUGCACACGGUGACUGUAGCGCCUCCUCUGGAACUGAAGAAGAGGCAGAAACACAAGUUCUGUUGCAUUUUGUGA